AUAUAUGCUUCCCCCGCCGCACUCCCAUUUUCUCAGUAAAAACACCAUCGCUCGGCCUGCUCAACCAUCUCCACUAGCUCUCGACUCAGAUGGACGUCGCCGAUGCUGCUUCCAGGUCCAGCCAGCAGGAGCAGGGUCACAGGACCGUGUCGUCUGAGCCGCCGAAGCGGCCGGCGGGGCGGACCAAGUUCCACGAGACGCGCCACCCGCUGUACCGCGGCGUGCGGCGCCGUGGCCGGGUCGGGCAGUGGGUGUGCGAGGUGCGCGUGCCCAGGGUGAAGGGCUCCAGGCUCUGGCUCGGCACCUUCACCACCGCCGAGAUGGCGGCGCGCGCGCACGACGCCGCGGUGCUCGCGCUCUCCGGCCGCGCCGCCUGCCUCAACUUCGCCGACUCCGCAUGGCGGAUGCUGCCCGUGCUUGCGGCCGGGUCGUUCGGCUUCCGCAGCGCGCGGGAGAUCAAGCUUGCUGUCGCCGUGGCCGUCGUCGCGUUCCAGCAGCAGCAGAAUAUUCCUCCAGCCGCGUGUCCAACGGCGGAGCCGGCCGCCAGCCCGAGCAACUCUCUGUUCUACAUGUCGUCUGGCGACCUGCUGGAGCUCGACGAGGAGCACUGGUUUGGCGGCAUGGACGCCGGGUCGUACUACGACAGCUUGGCGCAGGGGAUGCUCGUGGAGCCGCCGGACGACAGAGCGAGGCGGGAGGACGUCGAGCAGACGGGCGUCGAGACACCGACGCCGCUAUGGAGCUAUUUGUUUGACUAAUUCAACACGCAGUGUAAAGUUGUCGAUAGUUCUGUUUUGGGAACAAAGUGAGUAGGCAGUUUUUUUUUAACGUUGUAGUAGGCAGUUUGAAGCUCGCGGUUUCUACUUUUGUGAGAAUGGGACCCUAAGAGCGUGUUUGGGACUGCUCUGCUCCUUAAAAUUCAGCUCCGCUCCAGAAAACACAAGUCAAACGGGGUAGCUUCACGAUAUGCCGCUCCGCAAAAAAACUAGAAUCUGGGGUACAGCUCCCAGUUUUUUAUGAAGCUCUUCAGAGGGUGCUCCAAAAAACUCUAGAAGCUGGAGUUGGGUGGAAAUUACCCACCACUGCCACCGGUAAGUCGAUACCCCUUCGUUUCUCCUCCCUCAACCAAUCAAAUAGAUCUUUUUCACCAAAUUUCCCAUUUUUGAAGCUGGGCAAGAUGAAAGCCAAACAUUCUCUUUGAUAGUGCUACAACUUCUGAAUAAAACUGCUCCAAAGUGAAUUUAGUGAAGCGAAACUAUUUUGAUGAAGCGGAGCAGUCCCAAACAUGCCCUAAGAUUGCUCACCAUUGUGGUGUAGUAGAUUGGCUAUUGUGGUUUAGUGGUGGCUA